AUGAAGGCAGCAGAUCUUCACCUCUGUGUGUGUGAGAGUGUGUCUGAGGUAACGGACUGUGCUCGUGCAGCCGCAGAUGUCGCCUGUCAGGAGGAACUGUAUCAUGGAGAACCAGCUUUUGCCCUCCGUGUCGUUACCCUAAAACUUACCGGAGUCAUGUGGAGUUUUACCUGCGCUUACUUUCACAUGCUUUGCCUGGUCUUGACAUUUUGGAUUGAGGUGUGUCGGGCGUCCGGAUACUUAGAGCUGCGUGUGAUCAGCGUGGAGAACAGGAGCGGCAAGCUUGCAAAUGGUGCAUGCUGCGGUGGAGCAAGGAGCGUUCCGCAGGAGCAGGAUCAGGAUCAGUCAUGUGGCAGUGUGCAGUGCAACACAUAUUUCAGAGCAUGCCUAAAGGAGUACCAAGUGGACGUCAUGACCUCAGGCCCUUGUACUUACGGAACUGCAAGUUCAGCCGUGAUUGGUGGGAAUUCAGUUCGAUUUGCUGGUAAUCGGAAUAAAGGAAACAAUGUAGGGAAUAUAAUCAUUCCCUUUCAGUUUGCAUGGCCGCGAGCAUACACACUGAUUUUAGAGGCGUGGGACUGGGACAACAGCACAACCAGGAAUUACAAUGAGGACUUGCUGAUCGAGCGGAGUGUGUAUCGUGGGGAGAUGAAUCCCGGUGAUGAGAGUCUGGUGAUCCAGCACACCGGCUCCUCCGCCAGUUUUCAGUACAGUGUGUGCAUACGCUGUGAUCAGCAUUACUACGGCAACAAGUGCAAUAAGCAAUGCCGUCCACGCGACGACUAUUUCGGCCACUACGAGUGCGAUCACAAUGGCAACCAGCAGUGUAUGGAGGGCUGGACCGGAUCAGACUGCAGGAAAGCGAUCUGUAAGCAGGGUUGCAGUGAGCUACAUGGCAGCUGUACAGUUCCAGGCCAGUGCAUGUGUAACUACGGUUGGCAGGGUCCUCUGUGUGACGAGUGCCUGCCGUACCCAGGCUGUGUCCAUGGAAGCUGUGUGAACAAAUGGGAGUGCAUCUGUGAGAAGAACUGGGGAGGACUGCUCUGCAACAAAGAUUUGAAUUACUGCGGGACUCAUUUGCCGUGUGUGAACGGGGGAACCUGUAAAAAUACCGAGCCCGAUGAGUACCAGUGUGUCUGUCCUGAUGGCUACUCAGGCAAGAACUGUGAGAUAGCGGAGCAUGCUUGCAUAUCCAGCCCAUGUGCAAACGGCGGGACAUGUCAUGAAGUAUUGUCAGGAUUCGAAUGCCACUGUCCAUCUGGUUGGUCGGGACCCACAUGUGCCAGAGAUAAAGACGAGUGCAUGUCCAGUCCCUGUGCACACGCUGGAACUUGUCUCGAUCUGGAGAAUGGAUUCGAGUGUGUAUGUCCACCACAAUGGAAAGGCAAAACUUGCCAAAUAGAUGUGAAUGAGUGUAUAAGGAGGCCUUGUUUAAAUUCUUACUCAUGUAAAAAUCUGAUUGGAGGAUAUCACUGUGCCUGCUAUCCAGGGUGGGCGGGAAGAAACUGUAACAUCAAUAUUAAUAGCUGUCAUGGUCAGUGUCAGAAUGGUGCAUCAUGCAUGGAUGGCCAUCAUGGAUACACGUGUCAGUGCAAGCCAGGGUUUGCGGGUAGGCACUGUGAGGUGCAGCAGAGUGCAUGUACGAGCUCGCCCUGCCAGAACGGCGGUCAGUGCCACACCGUACCCCGCGGUUAUGAGUGCCAGUGUGUGAACAGAUACACCGGGACUAACUGUGAGGUCCAAGUAGACCCAUGCUUUCCAAACCCGUGUGUGAAUAAAGGUCAGUGUCACACUCUACAGUCAGGGUUUUAUUGUGUCUGUGCUGAUGGGUAUGAGGGAAAGACCUGUGCAGAGCUGACUGAUCACUGCAGGACUAGAUCAUGCCGAGUGAUUGACAGCUGCACCAUUGCUGUAGUGAACAACUCUACUGAGGAUGGGGUUUGGCACAUCUCAUCCAACAUCUGUGGUCCACACGGUCGCUGUACAAGUCAGUCAGGAGGCAACUUUACCUGCUCCUGCUUACCAGGAUUCACUGGGACCUACUGCCAUGAGAAUAUUAACGACUGCACUUCGUCUCCCUGUCUGAAUGGUGGUACAUGUCUGGAUGGUGUAAAUUCAUUCACAUGUGUUUGUCCUGAUGGAUGGAAGGGGCAACUUUGCCAACAUGAGGUGAAUGAGUGUGAAUCAGAACCAUGUAUGAAUGGUGGUCACUGUGUGGACCAGAUGAAUGACUUUUAUUGUCACUGCAUCAACAACUGGAAGGGCAAGACCUGUCAGUCACGAGAGAAUCAGUGUGACUCUGCUACAUGUGCUAAUGGUGGAACAUGCUACGAUCAUGGAGACCUGUUUCGCUGUGAGUGUCCAGCUGGUUGGAGGGGCAGUACCUGUAACCUAGCAACGAACAGCACAUGUGACUCUCAGCCAUGUGCCAAUGGAGGAACUUGUGUUGGAGGGGGUGUAGCACUCACCUGCAUCUGCAAAGAAGGAUGGGAGGGGCCUACUUGUACUGAGAACAUUGAUGACUGCAAUCCACAUCCAUGUUAUAAUGGCGGUGUGUGUGUUGAUGGCGUGAACUGGUUUCGAUGUCAGUGCGCUCCUGGAUUCGCCGGCCCUGAUUGUCGUAUUAAUGUGGAUGACUGUCAGUCCUCUCCCUGUUCUUAUGGAUCGACGUGUGUAGAUGAGAUUAUUGGAUACCGAUGUGUGUGUCCUCUGGGCCGAGCUGGACCUCGCUGUCAGGACUUUGUUGGAGUUGGUAAGGCGUGCCAGCGCUCUGCUUUACCUGUACCUCAUGGCACUCGUUGGGAGGAGGAAUGUAACAGCUGCCAGUGUGUGAACGGAAAUAUCAAGUGCACCAAGGUUCACUGUGGUGGCCAGCCCUGUCUGCUGAGCUCUGAUGAACCACCGUGUGCAGAAGGUCAGGAGUGCACACAACAUCACUCUGUGUUUUGUCUUCAUCCACCGUGCCAAAAGUGGGGAGUGUGCUCUGAUCUUAAUGGUCCACAGAUCAGCACUGACUGUCAACCCAACAACGGUUACUCUGACGCCAACUGUGCACGUGUCACUCUUAUAUUUGAAAUCGACACUGUGCCACUGGGAACAACUGUCGAUAAAAUCUGUUCAGAACUCAGAUUCCUUCCAAUAACUCGAACCCUUGGCCAAGAACACACCCUCUUCAUCCUCUGUGACCAAUCACAUUCAAGCACCAAUGCGGUGGAGGUCGCCAUGUCAUUUGAAGAAACUGCAGUGUCUCAAGAGCAUGCAGACAUUCAGGAAGUGGUCAGCUCCAUCAUCAGCGCCCUCUCCAAGAGCCAUAACAGCACACUGCUCCUGGCUAUCAGGGAGGUGAAAGUGGAAUCCCAGGUCAUGCCGUCCUCGCCAGGUUACCUAGUUCCUUUGCUGUGUGUGUUGUUUGCUGUGCUGUGGAUCUCCUGCAUGGUGGUCUGUGUCUGCUGGUACCACAAGCGCCGGAAACAACAAGAAAGCAACACCACUCCAAUUGAACAGAGCAUCAAUAACCAACGAGGGGUGCUACUAAACACCCAGCUUCCUCACAAAGCCAAAACAAACACUUCAGAGGACAGACAGUGUGUUCCCUACCCACUGGACCGGGUGGGAGACGGAGCGGAGAAAGAAGAGGAGGACAGAGAGGAUGAUGAUAGUGAAGAAGUGCAGGUGAACAAGUAUCCUUCUCUGAAGUACACUAAACGAGAGGUAGUGUACACAGUGUGCACCACAGCACCUCCCUCACGGACACAAUACAGCAGCAAAGAUAACAGACAGAAAGACGUGAACCUAAGUGAACAAGUGAACGAUCAUUAUGUAUGAAUCAAAAAAAUCUUGUAUCUGGAUAUUUUCAAGAUUUAGAGUCAAGAUUUUUACUCCUUUUGUUUCUGUUUACAGUCGCAUUUGGAGGAUCUGGAGCUAAAGACGUGACAAAGGUGCUCACAUUUGAGUCAAGUUUUUGUGUUAAGCAUUUGGCAUGUGUCCCUUUCUAGCACUCAAAAUUCUGCUGAAAAUCAUGUCAGAUCAGUAAAUGCUGUCGAGUCGUCACUUUCAGUUUUCUUUUAUAUUGUAUACAAAUUAUUUAUAACACAUUGAAGCAAAAAGUCAAAAAGAGAUCAUUUGCUUUGUCUUGCUUUGUUUGCUUAGUUAUUUGCCACUGGAUGGUUUUUAUAAAACAAAAAAAUCAUAAAAAAAACAAGGAGAAUUCGACACA